AUGGAGUUCCUGUUCUCAAUCUUGGUGCACACCAGCCAGAUGUUGUACUGCCUGCAUCGAGCGUGGUUGGGGAGGAAGGGGGAUGCGAGUCAUCAUCUCCUCCGUGCCCCGGCAGAGCGCAAGAGUUCCCAGCACAAUGCCGCCAUGGACCGUGCUGAGGCUGCACAGCUCCCCCUAUCUAGGCACAUGCCAACGUAA